UGCGCACAAGCAGAAAAGUUCGCACUCAGCAUGAACAUUGACUCUUUCAAUGCGUCGGAAGAGUGGUUCGACCGCUUCAAGAAGCGACAUGGGCUGGUGUUCCGCAACGUGUGCGGUGAAGAAGGUGCCGUCAACGAAAGUGUUGUCCAUGACUGGCGGUCUGGACUUUCCGCACGCCUUUCUGCGUACGAGCCGUGCAACAUUUUCAACGCUGACGAGACAGCGCUCUUUUUCAAGGCUCUGCCUGAUAAGACAAUCUCGUUUAAGGGGGACCCGUGCGUCGGCGGGAAACGCAGUAAAGAGCGGGUGACGGUUCUUCUGGCUGCGAACAUGACCGGCACAGAGUGGCUGCCGCUGUUGGUGAUAGGAAAGGCAGCGAAGCCAAGAUGUUUUAAGAACAUUAAGCAGCUGCCUGUUGACUACCGCUUUAACUGA